AUGAGGGCACUAGUCUAUUUUUCCAAAGGGGAUAUCAGGUUUACAGAUACACUGGCAGAACCGGAGAUAUCCACCGGCGAUGAGCUUCUUGUCGAUAUUGUGUACUGUGGUAUAUGUGGUACGGACCUCCACGAGCUGACGGACGGUCCCAUUUUCUUUCCCCUCGAUAACGAGAGGAACGAGAUCAGUGGGAACGGUUUACCGCAGGCGAUGGGCCACGAGAUGGCCGGCAUUGUGACCGCUGUAGGCAGCGGAGUGAAGAAGUUCCAAGUGGGGGACCAUGUAGCGAUCGAGCCCACGGGGACUUGCAGGGACCGGUACCGUUGGCCCGACGCCCCCGAUGCGAAGAAACCCGUUUGCACGUCCUGCCAGCGCGGGAUGUACAACUGCUGUGACUAUCUCGGGUUGAUCGGGAACGGUGUACAGUCCGGCGGGUUCGCUGAGAGGAUUGUCGUGAACGAGUCGCACUGCUACAAAUGUCCUGACAAUUUACCCUGGGAGGUCGCCGCGCUGAUCCAACCUAUUGCUGUCUGCUGGCAUGCGAUUAACAUAGCACAAUUCAAGCCCGGGUCGUCUGUCCUGAUACUCGGUGGGGGGCCGAUCGGGCUGGGCACCAUCCUGGCUUUGAAUGGCCACGGGUGUACCGAGAUUAUCGUUUCCGAGCCCGUGAAGCUAAGACGUGACUACGCCGAGAAAAUGGGGGCCGUCGUGUACGACCCUUUGCAAUGUUCGCAUGAACAGAGCAUCCCGAACCUGAGAAAGAUGGCUCCGGGAGCGGACGGAUUCGACUACUGUUUCGACUGCUCGGGCACGCCCGCGACUUUGAAGGCCUCCAUCGAAUGUCUCACGUUUCGGGGCACCGCAGUGAACGUCGCAAUGUGGGCCACAAACAAGGCCGUCAACUUCUACCCAAUGGACAUCACGAAACAGGAGAAGAUUUACACUGGGUCGAUGUGCUACACGUACCACGAUUUCGAAGAGGUCAUAGAGGCGUUUGGCGAUGGGUCCAUUGACGCAGAGAAGGCGCGUCACAUGAUCACGUCCAAAGUGCGCCUCGAGCAAGGGUACGAGGACGCGCUGUUGAAGCUGCUGACGCACAAGGAGGAGACCAUCAAGAUCCUGAUCACCCCGAACAACCACCACGAGCUCGACAGCUAG